UCCUGAAUCUAUGGACAACACAACUACAACAGUGUUCAAGCGAAAGCCUCCAAUUAGAAUGGUCAAGGGGAUGUCUAGAAAACGCAGAUAUGGGUCAAAGAUCUUGGGAAAAUUGAAUUGGGAGGUCAAUGUUGUUCCUAAAGAUGCUGAAGGACCUGAAGCCCAAGCCGAAAUUUGCAGAAAAAUACCACAAAGUGAAAUGGAAGUGGUACAUAAAAAUGCUGACAUUGCAUCUUCCUCAAGAGAACAGGGAGCGCCACCAGUGAUGAUUGUGGAGGCGGAGUCUAGAAAACGCAUUCCUGCAUUCUUAAGGGAAAUUUGUCGGAAGCAAUCUUUUGCCCCUCGGGAUGUGGAAGGAUCUCCCGUCCCUGAAGGUCCUUCUGCAGAAACAACACCAACGCAAGUAAAAGCAUUACCUGAAAAGACACAAGGGAAGGUAGAGAAGGUGAAGAAUAGAAAAUUCAAUUGCAUAUUUUCAAUAUUUAGAAGAUUUUAUAAGAAGAAAACUAUCACCUCUCAACAUGUGGAGGAAUCUCCAGCUGCUCCAGCUGCUCCAGCUGCUCCAGCUGUCGCUAGUACUUCUAAAGAAAUGCCACAAACACAAAGAGAAGGUUCUACAAAUGUUCCUGAUAUUAAACAGAUUUUUUGUCGAGAGGAAGAGUUCGACCAUCAUGACGAAGGAGCCUGGGAAGAAUACCAAAGUUAUUUCCCAGGUGGUAUACAUGUUCCAGAAUCCAAGCAUACGGUGGCUUCCAACAUGCUAGGAAGUUGUGUAGCCCAGGUGGGAGAUACAGAUGUUGAAGAACAGCAGAAUAUCGAUAGUAAAGAGAGCUUUCCUGAUGCUUUUGAAGUACAGCUCUGGGAGUUGAGAAAGAUAUCGAGUACUGUAGCUCCAGUGCUGAAUGUGCUGUAUCUAGCCCCAACUAAAUCUUCAGAUGAAGAUAUUGUACCCAUAAAGAAGAAGAAGAAAAGGAGGAAGCGCUACUACUAAUAAAAAG